AUGGACAUUCUAAUCAAAGAUCCCGAAAAGUAUGUCGAAACCAUAAUUGAUAUUUAUAAUAAAUACUUACAACCUCUUAAUUAUGAACCAUAUUUUAAAGCAGCUUUAGAUAAAGCCUGUUAUAAAUUUAUCAAUAAUAAUGCUGUGACACAAGCAUCUCAUACAUCAAGAAAAUCAGCUGAAUUAUUAGUUCGUUAUUGUGAUAAAGUUUUGAGAAACAAGUAUGGUUCAUUCUAUUUUAAUGUAUAA